UUUUCAGAAUUACCCAUUGAGAUCACCAAACCAUUGAAGGACACUGAAGUUCCAGAGAAACAAUCCUUGGUACUGUCUUGUGAAGUCAACAAAGAAGAUGUACCAUCCAAAUGGCAGAAGAAUGGAACCGACCUGGUAGAGUCUGAGACUGUCCAUCUGACAGUGAAAGGAUGUGUCCAUACCCUGACUAUUGACAAUGCCAGUCUGGAGGAUGAAGCUGUUUAUAAAUGUCUAAUUAAAGAUAGGAAGACCUCAGCUCGUGUCUCUGUUAAAGAAGCACCAGUUGAAAUUGAGAAGCAGCUUGCCAACAUCCAAGUCACAGAGGGACAAGAAAUCUACCUGGAAUGCCAAGUUUCCAAGCCUUGUGAUGCUACCUGGUAUAAGGAUGGUAACAAGGUCCAGGCUGAAGGUCGUUUUAAGAUCAAAUCUGACGGAACUCUACACUCUCUGACUCUUGAUGAAGCUGAACUGGAAGAUCAAGCUGAAUAUUCUGUUAAAGUUGGAGAUCAAGUUUCCAAAGCUAAAGUUCUGGUUGAAGGUCAG